GAUUUGUGGUACGCCUGGAUGUGAGCGAUUUCGACAUUUCGAUGGGGAGAAUGUGAGGGAUACGUGUGAGGAGCACUUGGCAACCCGCUGCCGCAGAGCAGGCUGCGACGCCCGCGUCAUCGAAGGAGGCGCCCUCUGCGUAGACCACACCUGCAUCUACCGCAGCUGCCAGAACGAGCGUUCGGCCCUCGGCCACUUCUGUGCGGACCACAACUGCUCUGCUCCCGGGUGCCAGCAGCUCCGCGCGACCGUCGUCCUCUCGCAGACGAUGAUGAUACUCGGUGGUCUUAACCUCAACCUGCCGCUGUCGCCGUACUGCCGGGCCCAUGUGUGCGGCCAGGAAGGGUGCGCGGAGCCGGCUGCUGCUAAUGGGGGUUCGCGGUAUUGUCUGGCGCAUGCGAGAUGUCGGAGGCCUGGGUGUAUGAAUGGGGUUGAGGUUAGG